UUAGUGUCAUUUUGUUCGUUGUGGAGUGUGAACGUUUCUUUUGUGCCGACGCCAUAUAUAUAUAUACUAGUAAUCUGUGGCCGACGCUUUCCCUUCGAGUUAGUUCAAGGUAGAAGUUUCGACACGUUUUUCGGUUGCGACAGUCUGCGCGAUGAUAUACAAGUGAGAGUCCAUAUUUUAGGCCCGGGCAAGGCUCAUCUACCACGGUGGGCCAGUUAACUGGAACAGACAUUCGAAACUCGCUAACCGAGGGACGGGGGGCGCGCGACGCCGUCGAGUCGCACACGCGGGAGAAACAAUUCCGAGUACUUAAUCAGAGAGUGCAACAAAAACCAAUUUUUAAUGUGUCAGAUUAGCAUAGCAUAUUGCUGCUACGUCAGAUCGCGGAACGCUUCGAGCAGAAACUACAAGGUUAUGCAAAUGAGUUCUGAACGCUUCUAUACCAGGGGUAAUCAAAAGACCAUCCACAACUUUAAUAAACUUUAACAUUUUUUUCUAUCCGUGUCCAAGUGCUCAUCUCCGUCCCAUUAUUUUCCUCUGCUACUGUUCGGUGUCACGAUCGCUAAUUGCUAAUUGCCUACCUGGAACCGAGUGAUAAGGCGCAAGAUCGGCGGUUGAGUAGCACGUCAGUCGUUAAUCGACGAUACGAGUGUGCAAUGAUGGCGAGCCAGCCCGAGGAGACGCUGCUGUCGCGCUGCGAAAUACCCAUCAUCGACCUGGCGCAUAUUGGUACGGACGUGUGUCCCAUGAAGUCGGUAGUUAGGCGCAUCGGCCAACAGCUGUUCACGGCUCUCAACGGGAAGGGACUGGCCAUGUUGGUGAACCACGGGAUUGCUGAUGAUAAGUUGAAAGCGAUUUAUGGCGAUUUGGACAACUUCUGCGCCCUGCCAGAAGGCUGCCAGGCCCAGUAUCUCCGCAACCCUGUGAGCAACCACGGCUACGUUCGUCCCGGAAUGGAACAAUUUGACACCACCAAAAAGGAGCUGCGUCACUCGUUCAACAUCACGACGCUGUCGGCCGCGGCGAUGCCGGCGGAGGCGGAGGUGCCGGAGUUCUGCCAGCACCUGUUGCCGCUCGCGCAGGAUAUGACCAACCUGGCCAGGAUGCUGCUGCAGGCGCUUGCGUAUGCUUUCGGCCUACCACCAGCAGCUCUACUGGCGUCCCACUCUGGGAUGCUGCAGAGCGACGGCGUGAAUCCCUCAGCUAUCCGCCUGCUGUACUACCCGCCAGUGCCGCCCGAGGACGGACCGUGCUGUCGCGACAAUGGCGGGACGUACACGCGGUGCGGCGCGCACUCCGACCGCUGCACGUUCACGCUCGUCGCGCAGGACUCGGAGGGGGGAUUGGAGGUGAAGUUGAACGACAAGUGGCAGCCGGUGGGUCACCUGCCCGGCGCUAUUCUCAUCCAGACCGGAGAACUGCUUGCUUCGUGGACCACUAACAUCUUGCCUGCUCUGAUGCAUCGCGUAGUUGUACCGUCGGGUGCGUACAAACGCGCGCGCGGCCGCCACUGCGUCGCGUUCUUCUGCCACCCGGACAAGGACGCCGUCAUCCCGCCGCUCACCGCGCGCCCCGCCGUCGCCCCGCCCCCCGCCUACCUGCCGCCCCUCACCCUCCACCAUCGCCUGCUAAACGCCGCCCACCACAUCCAGAAGCGUUUCCGCGAGACGUACGCAUGACUAGCGCGGGCUAACCCGGUCAAAGGCGUCGCGUAAUGCUAUUUGAUAUAUAGGUAGCGUUUUGAUCCAUGCGGCACGCAGCUCACGCAAAAUCAAAAACUCUUCUUUUAAUGCUCUAUACUUUAAAGGAAGUAGCAAAUGUUUCGGUUCUCAGCUGCGUGCUGCAAGGAUCGCGAGGCUACCUUAACAAAAAAUUAGAUAAAUUUAUAUUUGACAUGUAACAUGACUGGGUCGAUUUGCCUUUAAUUUUGAGGGAAUGUAACUUAUUUAAAUGUUGCCAGCACAAAAAUUCAUGCUGACUUUUAUAAUCUUUCGAUACGGAUAAACUGCAUUAAAAAUAAGUUACUUACAUUGUUAUAUGCCACGUAACCCCGUUUACUUAAAUAAUUGUCAUAAACAUUUAUAAAAACUACUUAAUAGAAUGACUGCUACGGUUGAGGUAUUAUGGCGACAAUAUUUUUAUAAUAACAAGGGUAUUAUACAAGAAAAUUGUUAUCAAUGUCAGAUAAACGUACUUAUACGUCUACUUAAUGUGUUCAAUAGUUUGUAAAAUUUUUUUGAUCAGUAUAUAUUUUUGUACUUAAAAAAACAUUUGUACUUAUAAAUCACAGCGAAUACGAAAAAACAAAAGACAUUCGAGAGAUACUUGCUUUGGGUCGUAUCGGCCAACAAUUCCAUUACAG